GGAGGUGCUUUUCAUGGAUGCACACGUGCGGCGGCUGCUUCGAAUAUGUGAACAAAACACCCCAAUGAGGCCCGGCACAGCCUGUAAAUAAAAAUGGAUGUUGCUACAGCCAAAGAGCAGCUGUAUGAGCUGAUACCUGGAAGAAAGGGGCAGAUAGAUUUACUGUUGUCAUUGUGUAGUCCUCCUCAUCCAUAUCCAGCUGUGUUUGUAUAUGGGGUGACAGCAACUGGGAAGUCGCUGGUGGUCAACCAGACAAUGAAAAUAAUGAAACUCCCUCAUGUACUAGUGAAUUGUGUGGAAUGUUACUCAGCCAAACUUUUAUACGAGGAGAUCCUGAAUGCUCUCUUAGGGGACGGCCCUUGUCCAGCCAAUGACUUCAGCGUGACCCACAGGUGUGACAACAUGAAUGACUUUGUCAGGGCACUGACCCAUGGGCUACAGGAAACGCUGGUGGAUGAUCCAUUUUACAUUGUAUUAGACAAGGCUGAAAGGCUCAGAGAUAUGGAAGGUAAUGUCCUGCCAGCAUUGUUGAAGCUUCAGGAGUUGACAAAGUGCAAAGUUAGUGUGAUCUUGAUCACAGAAAUAGUGUGGGAGAAAUUCUGGGGAGGAACAGGAAUGGUAGACCCCUUUCCUAUCUACUUUCAGGACUACACAAAAGAGGAACUCCUGGAGAUCAUGGCUCUGGACAGUCCUGAGGACUACCCUGUCACUUUCUACAAGUCCUACAUCACCCUGGUCCUUAGUGUGUUCUACCUGGCCUGUAGAAAUCUGGCUGAACUCAGGCACCUGGCACAGUUAAACUUCCCUUUAUAUGUGGAACCCAUCAAGUCAGGGGAUGCCACAAUGUCUGAAUCCAGGAAACUCUGGAAGCACAUUGAGCCAUUCUUAAAGAAAGCUCUGCAAACAGUCUAUCUCAGGGAGGUCUCUAGCAAGCAGUGGGAGUCCAUGCAGCAGAAGUUGAUGGAGGAUGAGGAGGGGGAGAAGGGUAUGGGUGCUGCUGCAGGUGGUCCUGUCCCCCUUCAUGUGGCCAGGUCUAAUGUGGAGCUGCCAUUUUACUCCAAGUAUCUCCUGGUGGCUGCCUACCUUGCCUCCUACAACCCUGCCAAGUCUGACAGAAGGUUCUUUACUAAGAACUGCGGAAAACAAAGGAAGUCUAACAGAGCAGUCAAGAAACAUGAAAGGACAAGUAACCAGCUCUUGGGGCCAAAGCCAUUUCCAUUGGAUCGGCUGAUGGCUAUCUUUCACUCAAUUAUAGAGGGCAGAGUAGUUCCUACCGCCAACAUAUUCUCUCAGGUGACGUCACUGGUGACAUUACAGCUCCUGGCCCAGGUGGGCAGCAGUGACCAGCUAGAGGGACCCAAGUAUAAGUGUCUGGUGUCUCUGGACUUCAUUAAACAAGUGGCGAGGACUGUUCAGUUUGAUAUAGUACAGUACUUGUAUGAUUUUGUAUGAAACUACAUAAUUGUGAUUGGAGAAACUUGGGAAAUCAACAGGAAAACAAGUAACCAUCAGCAGGGAAGAUCCCCUGACCUAUCAGAUAGGAAUGUACUGUUCUCAUAUGUAGGGAUGCAUCAGCAAGUAUUGUCUUGUUUUAUACCUACUGAAGAGGAGAUUUUCAAUAUUAAAUAUUGAUAUUUUUCUAUUGAGCUUUUGUAUGUCUAACGGGAAGAUAUAACUAUUGGAUAGAGAGGCAGAAGCAAGUAUAUUGUCUUGUUUUAGAAAGACUAAACACAUAGAUGCCAGUAUUAAUUCUGCUCUGGUGAAUGUUUUUCUGCUAGCGUGUCAUUGUCAGACAAGAGAGGACUAUUAUGGCCUAUGGGAUAUGUUAAGAGAGGCAGCAAGUAAUUGCAUCUUUUUACUACUGGUUUAUUCCAAAUCUCUUGUGCAUAUGUACAAUACUUAUGUGAUCAAUCACAAGAUAAAAAACUCUACAGUAAUGACCAAACUUAAAUGUGAAUUUGUCUCUGUUAAGCCCAUCACUGUCAAACAAGAUCUUCCAUAGAUACUGUUAUGGGAUGGAGAGGCAGCAGCAAGUAUUACCAACCUUAAAUGGUACUAUUUUGCAAUAAUUGUGGGGAUUUAAAGUUUAACAUAAAAUCAGUUGCUACUUGUACCAAUGGUUAUAAAAUGUGGCAUGCAACAUGUGCAAGGGAGUGAAGAGGGUAACUUUGUGAUUGGGCUGACUGCCAUCCUCAUCUGGAAAUAAAGUAAAUUUAACAUUGAAACAUAUGUGUUUCAAAAAAGGUUUGGCCAUCAUUGGAAGAUUAAAAAAAUUAACAAUGUUUGGCCUUGAAAGCGGCUGUGAAAAAUGUUGCAUUAUUGAUUUUCACACAUUGCAGUGGUUGAGAUACAUAGGAUUGUGUUGGUAGGAGGCACAACUCCUAACUUAACAUUCUCAUUUCAGUAAGCCUGGAAGCAAUUUUUUUCAAUCACUGAUAACAUAAAUUUUGUAAUAUGACUUACUGCCCCAUGAGUAAAAUGUUAAAACUUUAUUUAAAAAAAAAUUAAUGUCAAAAUCAUUAACUACUGAGUAAGGUGAAAUGACAAUGGCUGGAUGUGCUUUAUUUUUAUAAGAAAAUAUUAAAAUUUUGAUCUUGAAAACAUUGGGAUUCGGGUGUUUUGAAUGAUUGAGUUGUGAGUUCA